AUGGCAAAUGAUGGCAUCAACGAUGCUAUGGGCUCAUCGUCUAAAUUUAACAACACCGCCGCCACUAGCACUAGCAACAGCACUAGCAACAGCAACAGUAAUAGUAGUAGCACUCCAAAUGCUGCUUCUAAUCCGCUGACUAGUGCGAAUGGUUAUAAUGGGCAAAACCAGAAUCAUUCCAAGUCACAGUCCCACCAAAACUUUAAUGAUACUCGUACCAGUACAAAGAACAUCGCGGAGAACAAGGAUGGCAAGCGAUACACGAUGGAGCAAGUGUUUCAAGUGUGGUAUGACAACAAGGAUAAGAUUUUGAAUUCUGAAGUGAAGAUGAAUGGCCAUGAGAAUUAUAAACUGGCAGUCCCCGAACCAAUUUAUCAUCUCUUGUUACAGGAGCAAAAUGAACUUGCCAAGCAGAAUCAAGGACAAGUACAAGGACAAGAACAAGGUCAAGGUCAGGGUCAAGGUAAAUCACAACCACAGCCACACGACUCAAGCUCAGUUCCCGAUGGCAAGUCAGUUCAAAGUGACGCAAUACCGACUCAAGAUGAGGAGACUGCAAAGUUUGUUGCCGAAAAAUUUGACAAUCUAAAGUUGGGAGCCAGUAUGGACCAGCAGAAGCCUCUUGAUGCACAGGACCUGUUUGGAUCUUUCAAAGGCGUCAAUAGUAUUGGUAUCCUUGGCAACAAUGACCCAGCUCUUCAAGCAAACAAUGACGGUUUUGCACAAAGGUCAUUGUUGACUGAGUUCCCACCAGGUCUUAUGAACCCAGCUACCACCAUUCCGUUACUCACUUCGGACAAGAUUGAGUGGCAUUAUAUCGAUCCAUCUGGAAACGAACAGGGUCCUUUCAAUGGAGACAUGAUGCAAGAAUGGUUUACAGGAGGAUACUUGGAUCUCAGCUUAAUGAUCAAAAGAGUCGGUGAAAAGGAGUUUAAGCCCUUGAGGACCUUAUGUGACAGUGUGCAAAACUAUACUCAACCAUUCAAAAUCCCGUUGCCUGAUUUGACUGCUGCAUCCGAUUUGCUGCUUGGAUCGAGAUUCGAUGGUUCACAAACGAAUACUAAUUCGUUGGAUGGCAAUGGUAUAAGAUUACCGUCAUCGUCAAACUUCCUGCAAUCCAUGUUUGCCGGAAGCGGAUUCUUGAAUUCUUCAACUCCUACUACUGCUAGUGGCGGUGUUGGCGGCGCUACCGCUGCUGCCAAUGCCACCUCCACUGGCGGUUCUUCCUUCCAGAACAUUCACAAUCAACCAUUGGGCAAUGUUGGCAACAUAGGUAGUGCUUUUGACCAAAGUUUUGGCUUGCCUUCGAUGCCAUCACUUUUGCAACAGCAAAUUCUGCAACAGCAAAAGCCAUUGUUGUCGAGAAACAACAGUGGAUGGGCUUUGGACACUAGCUCGCAAAUGGUUGGGGGUCUUGGCACUCCAACUUCUGCAACCCCCACAUCGUCUUCGUUUGUCAACAGUUUGGGCAAUACACACAAUAUUGGUUCCGGAACUCCACAGUUGAGUCAACCUACCCCGAUGUCGCCCUGGAUGACUGCUUCCAAUGGUGUAGGACAGAUUUCAAGAAUAAGUUCUCCAUUUGUUUCCACUACUAAUUUGAGCAACAGUUUUGGGCAAACCACCUCUGCUGGUGCUGGAAAAGAAUUAACUGGCAAAGAUCAACAAGGUUUCGUGGAUGAUGAGGAAGAUGAAGAUGAUCACGAUCAUUCUGUUUUGAAUGCUGUAGUAACGGACAUAUUGCAAGAUGAACCGGAGGCAAAGCAAGAAACAUCUACCAAUGCUGGCAACUCUAAAGCAAAAACGUCUCCUUCUUCUGCUUCUCAUCCUUCUGCUGCUUCUUCUUCUUCUACUACUACUACCACUACUACCACCACUGGUGCUAAUAAGAAGGAAAAAUCUGCCACGUCCAAAUCCACUACUGAACCAAAGAAAGCAUUCACCAAUUCGCAAGAGGAGAUUACCGUUCCACCUACUAAAACGGUUGACUUGAAACCUGCAAGCUCCAAAAAACAAGAUUUGGCCCCAUGGGCAGCAAAGGCCAAAGCAGAAGAGGAAAAAGCCAAGGCCAACCAAUUGUCCUUGAAGGAGAUUCAAAAAGUUGAAGCAGAAAGACUUUCUCAGCAAAAGAAAUUGCAAGAAAAGGCUAAAGCUGAGCAAGCACAAAAAGCCUGGGCAGUUGCAGCAGCUGCUGAAAAGGCUGCACAACUCGAGCAAGAAAAACUUAAAGUCCAAUUACCACCUACUUGGGCAACUGCAGCUACAAAUGAGAAAGCUGCUCCAGUGAAAUCUUUAGCUGAAAUUCAAAAAGAAGAAGCCGAACUAGCAAAGGCAAAGAAUGCUGCUGCCGCUGCCGCUGCUGCUCAAGCUGUUACCGGUGCUACUGCUGCUGCCGCUGCUGCCGCCGCUGCAGUUGGUGGUGUUGGUGCAUCAAAUGCGUACCCUACCAACAUGUCAUUUGCCAAUGCAUUGGCCAAUUCUGUUCCAAGAGAAGAUACUACUGCAUGGACUACAGUUGCAUCUAGCAAGAAACCAACUGUUGCAAAGAAGCAACCAUCCAUUGCAACCACAUCUACAGGUGUUUCCACAUCAAAAGUUACUCCUCAAUUGCUUCGUAGUGUUUCAGCCACAAAGCCAAGUGCUACUGGUAUCAAUUUCCAAGCAAUCAGAGAAGAUUUCUUGGUUUGGGCACGUUCACAAAUGACUAAUCUUUACCCUAGUGUCUCCAAGAAUGAUUUAUUGGAAAUGUUCAUUACAUUGCCAAUUUCUUCAUCCGAUACUCCGCAAUUGAUUUCAGAAUCCAUCUACGCUUCUAGUGCCACCAUGGACGGUAGAAGAUUUGCACAAGAAUUUGUCAAGAGAAAGAAUAAGGCUGACCAGAUGUUGGGAGUCGAGGGAGCUAGAGACUACACUAGUUGGUCUGCUGCUAUCUUGUCAAGUGCUGAUAAAGUACAAACUGUUGAUGAAGAUGGAUGGAGUACUAGCGUCAAGUCAAAGAAGAAAGGAGGCAAGAAACAAUGA